ACUUUUCCGGGAGGAGGAAAGUGCGUCUUAACCAGGAAAAGGAGAAACUUCCACUGGGGUUUCCUUGAAUGGUGCUGCUCUUGUUUGCAUUUACAUUGGGGGAGGAGGGGGUCGGCUUCUGCCUUGAAGGGUUUGCAUCCCCGCCCUGCGAUAGCCCAGCUCAGGAAGAGAAACUCCAAUGUGGUCCUGGGUCCACAGCGCGCAGACAUACUGGCGUAGCGCGUACGGCUCCGGAAAGGCUGGCGCUCCAUCCCCAGGCACGGGCUCCCACUGCGGGCGCGCGCAGGCUCAGCAGCGGUUGUCCAGGCGACGGCGCGGUGCGGCGCGGCGCGGCGCGGCGCGGGCAUCCCCGCGGCCCCUCCCCUGGGCGCGCGCGCGACCUGGGCGCCAUGGCGGCGGCGGUGGGCCCGAGGCCUGAGUCCGUGAGGCCGCAGUGGGUACCGCCUGAGCAUGACUCUGCCGAGACAGCGGCCGGGCUGGGCGACUGCGAGGACGCGCCGGUCCGGCCGCUGUGCAAACCCCGCGGCAUCUGCUCGCGUGCCUACUUCCUCGUGCUGAUGGUGUUCGUGCACCUGUACCUGGGCAACGUGCUGGCGCUGCUGCUCUUCGUGCACUACAGCAACGGCGACGAGAGCAGCGACCCCGGGCCCCAGCGCCGCCCCCCGGAACCUGAGCCCAUGCCAACCUUGGCUCCCCUCACCCGGCUCGAGGGCAUCAAGGUGGGGCACGAGCAGAAGGUCCAGCUGGUCGCCAACAGGGAUCACUUAAUGCGAACCCUCAGCCUCAAGCCGCUGCUCUUCGAAGUCCCUGGCUUCCUGAGCGAUGAGGAGUGUCGGCUCAUCAUCCACCUGGCGCAGAUGAAGGGGUUACAGCGCAGCCAGAUCCUGCCCACUGAAGAGUACGAGGAGGCGAUGGGCGCCAUGCAGGUCAGCCAACUGGACCUCUUCCGGCUGCUGGACCAGAACCGGGAUGGCCGCCUGCAGCUCCGUGAGGUCCUGGCCCAGAACCGCCUGGGAAGUGGACGGUGGAUGACUCCAGAGAGCAUUCAGGAGAUGUACUCUGCCACGAAGGCUGACCCGGACGGUGAUGGAGUGCUGAGCCUGCAGGAGUUCUCCGACAUGGACCUUCGAGAUUUCCACAAGUACAUGAGGAGACACAAGGCGGAGUCCAGCGAGCUGGUGCGGAACAGCCACCACACGUGGCUCUACCAGGGGGAAGGCGCCCACCACGUCAUGCGUGCCAUCCGCCAGAGGGUCCUGCGCCUCACCCGCCUGUCACCCGAGAUCGUGGAGCUCAGCGAGCCUAUGCAGGUUGUGCGGUACGGAGAGGGAGGCCACUACCAUGCCCAUGUGGACAGUGGGCCCGUGUACCCAGAGACCGUCUGCUCGCAUACCAAGCUGGUAGCCAACGAGUCUGUACCCUUCGAGACCUCCUGCCGCUACAUGACAGUGCUGUUUUAUUUGAACAACGUCACCGGUGGGGGAGAGACCGUCUUCCCUGUAGCAGACAACAGAACCUACGAUGAAAUGAGUCUGAUUCAGGAUGACGUUGACCUCCGCGACACUCGGAGGCAUUGUGACAAGGGGAAUCUUCGUGUCAAACCCCAGCAGGGCACAGCAGUGUUCUGGUACAACUAUCUACCUGAUGGGAAAGGUUGGGUGGGCGACGUGGAUGACUACUCGCUGCACGGAGGCUGCCUGGUAACUCGUGGUACUAAGUGGAUAGCUAACAACUGGAUCAAUGUGGACCCCAGCCGAGCGCGGCAGGCCCUGUUCCAGCAGGAAAUGGCACGCCUGGCCCGCGAAGGUGGCGCCGACUCGCAGCCAGAGUGGGCUCUGGACCGGGCCUACCGCGACGCGCGCGUGGAGCUCUGAGGGAAGUGUCGGUCCCGGCCCCCAGCCGCAGGUCGCCCGCCGCCUAAGACUGGGGACCCUUCAGCCCCCCUAUCCAGCUCCAGGCCAACGGUCUGGCCGAUGUCUUGCCCCAUCCCCGCCUCCAGCCGCGAUUAGGGCACAGCACCAAUAUUAAUGUUAUUUAUUGUAUACAGACUCAUACCGCCCAGUCAAAUAAAAC